AUGGAUGACUAUCAGUACGAGCAGGAGGUUCCGGCUGAUUUGUUAUGUGCAGUUUGCUACCAUGCGUUGCGGGAGCCGCGGUGCUGCCCUCGCUGCCAAAAGGGCUUCUGCGCCGAGUGCAUCACCACCUGGGCAUCGACCCAGAAGCGCAAGGACGUGCCCUUCUCCUGUCCCUACUGUCGCGCGCGGUUGCGUCUCUCACAGCUUUUCCGUCUGGAGGCCUUGGAGGUCCGCCUUGGCGAGCUACGUGUGCUGUGUCCGUACGGUUGCUCUUGUACGCUCCGCCGCGUCGACCUAGCCGACCACGUGGCCCUCACCUGCCCUGGGGUUCCCGUCCGCUGCCCCGACUGCGGCACAGCCAUGCUCCGGGGCCAGCUCGCCGCCCAUAUCGGCUCGUCCAACUGCCCCAACCGCCGCCUGACCUGCCCCAACAAGGCCUUUGGCUGUCCGGUGCAAUUGCAGCUUCACGACAUGCCGUACCAUGCCACAAACUGUCCAUACGAGCCGAUGACGUGUCGCCACUGCCACGCCGUCGUGCUCAGGGGCCAAGCGGAAGAGCACUGCUGGGCCGGCUGCCCGGCGCUUUGCCCCUGCCCCAACCGCUGCUACGGCUGCGAACACGUGGCCUCCUCCCUGAAGCAGCUCGCUGAUCAUGUGGUACGGCACUGCCAGUACGGCGAAUCUUCUGCUUACAUGGCCCGAAUGCGUGCCGCACUGGGCCGCACAAGCGAUCUUGUGUAUGGCAGCAGCAGGUUUCGGAGCGCAAGUGACCUGCCCUACACCGCGGCUCGGGCUGGCGGUGCCGCUGCCACCACCGCCGCCGCCGCCAGUGCCAGCGGCGUGCGGCACCGGGCUCUGCCCCACCCGCAGAUUCCCUCCGUGGGCCUCCACGAGCACUACCAUCCGGCACAGAGCUUCGAGACGUGCUGGCCGUCGGGCCCAGGAGGACUGUACGGCACGGGGGAGGGUACAUCGACGGCGGCCGGCACUUGGUGCCACGGGCUCUUCGUGCCGGCGUCGCUGUACCCGAACGGCCUGCCGCCGCCGCCGCCAGCGACGGCUACGGCAACGGAACCUGGUUCUGGCCACGGCUGCAGCAACUGUCCUGGUGUUAUGGAACCUUCACCUCCCUGGCCCUGGCUGGUGGAUUCCACUCGCGAGGUCUGUGACGCAGCCGAGGUGGUCUUGAACAGGCACUUCACUUUCGGAGCAGCAGCAGCUGUAGCAGCACCUGCCAACCAACUGCCACGUGGCCAGCAGCAGCAGCAAUUGCUCCGGAACCCUCAGCCAGAGGAGCAACAGAACCGACAGGAUCAGGAUCAGAAUCCGCACCAGCAGGAGGAAACGACGUAUCUUCCAGAACACGCCCUCGGCUGGUUACAGCUUGUAUCAAGCAGGGAUGCGGGAGGAGAGCUGGAGGACGCGGCGGAGGGGCAGCAGCAGCAGCAGCAGCAGGAGCUGUUUCCGUCGCUGCAGGAGCUGCUGCCGCAGUGUGAGGGUGAGGGUUGUCCCAUAGGAGCCCAGACGGAGGCACUGCCGGCGGCUGACGUGUACCGCGCCGUCAUUGAUCUUGCGGCGCGGUUGUACGAGCGCGGUGGCGGCGGUGGUGACGGCGGCGGCAACAGCGCUGACGGUGACGGUGCAGCCGCUGCCGCCAACGCCGCCGCCGCCGCCGCGACCUUGGGGGAGUUUCCUGUUCCUCCGCCAGCAGGCAGUCUUGAAAAUUAUGCUUUGGCGUUAUUUCAGGGAGAGGACAAUUCGCUGGUGGACUUGCCGAGAAAUGACACAGCUCUCCACCACGGCUAUCGGGCCUUCUGGGCGCUGGGUUUGUUGCGGCUAUGCCGGCGGCAGUGGCCCUCCGUGCGACUGCACUGGCGGUCUCUGGCGGCCCUCAACGACCUCACAACGGCUCUGGGCAGGAGGCUUUUGAGCGCGGUGGUGGAGGUGCUCGGCUGCGAGCUGGUGCAGGAGUCGGCGCCCAUGGGCGAAGGCGACGUCAUGCUUGCCGUACAGACCCUCUUCCCAGCUCCCCUGGCGGCGGAAGCGCUGGAGUCUGUACGGCAUACGCUCCGCAUGUGCGACGACGCUUUUUGGGAGUCGGAUAUUUGGAUGGAAGGCUGGUCACCCUUGCGCGUCAAACUUGAGCUGGGGCUGGAGCUGGGGCGCGUGGCGUGUUUGGUGGCGCAGUACACUCCCCUGCACGGCCAAUUCAUGAGGGGCGCCGAUGACACGGAGAGCGGUGACGAGGAGGAGGAGGGGGAUGGUGACAGCGAUGAUGACAGCGACAGCGAUGACACCAGCGAUAGCGAGGGCACCCGCACGCGCUCUGGGACAGGUGACAGCGACGGCGGCUCUGGCGGCGGCAGCGAAGAUGAAGAUGACGACGGAGACAUCGAGGCGGCUCCACGUGUGCGGGCUGCCCGCGGACCUGACGCCGCCGCAGCGGCAGCAGCAGCAGUUGCCGCGCCGGGCGGCACCACCCGCCGUCGCCAUCGCCAACGUAGCAGUAGCAGUGGCAAUAGCAGUGGCAGUAGUACGGAGGACGAGCCGCCGCAACCCGCGGAGGGCCACAGUCGCAGCGGCCGCCGCAGCGGCGGUGCUAGCGGCGGCGGCGGCGGCGGCACUGUCUUUGGCCUUAGCAGCGGUAUACGAGCACCCGCCCUGGAGCUGAUUCAUGACGCGCGGCGGCGGCUGAGGGGACUUGGUAUUGGGGCGGCUGGCGGCGGCGGCGGCGGUGGUGGUGGGAGUAGCGGGUCCUCUGGCGAGUGGGAGAGCAUUAACGAGGAGGGCUUCCCUGACGAGAUGGACGUUGCUUCCAGCGGCUCCAGCGGCGACACGGGGCAAGACUCUCAUGCGGACAUCCGUGGUGUGGUGGCGCUGGCGGCGGUGAUGGAGUGGUUCGUCCUGAGGCUGCUGGGGACAGCGAGGCCCGGCGUUCCUCCUCCUCACCCAACAUCUAAUCCCUUUGCCCAUGGCGCGUAUGUUGGCAUCGCUUGCGCUACAGCCGGUUUCGGCGCUGCUAGUGCUGGCGACGGCGGCGGCGCCGGCCGUGCCAGCGGCGGAAGUUCCGGUCGCGGCCUGGAGCGGCGCGGUCAGCGCCCCUACGUAGGGUGCGCUGUGGCAACCUCCCGGGUGCGGGGACUGGCCUUUGAGGAGCGCAUGAAGCUGGUGGGUGCCGUAUUGAGGAGCGCCUACGAGGCGGCGUGUGGGUCGUGGCGUGAGGAGGCCAAGUGCGCGACUGGGCCCAAACCAGAGGCCGCAGUGGUAGAGCUCCCGGGCGACCUGGUGGCCGUCGUGACGGGGGGGCGCUUGAGAGGGAAGCUGCUACAGCGGCUACUGCCGCCAGCGCUGCGGCCGUUGCUACAGCCCACGGCGCUCUCGUACGCGGCUCGGAUGGCCAACCUGGGCCUUACGUCUGGUCUGUUGCGGAUCCAUCACUUGGAUGUGCCGUGCUGGUGGCGGAAGCCGGGAAGUACGGCAUUGGCGGCGGCGAUGGCGUUCCCCGCUGCUGGUGCGGCAGCGGCGCCUUCCCCAGCUCUGGCGCCAGCGGUACGGCCUGACCCUGGCUGGUUGCAGCAGUUGCAAUCUGAUCUUGGGCUGUUGCGCGACGUGGAGGCGGCGGCGGGGCUAUGCAGGGACCUCGGGGCCGUACUGUACGGCGUUCCGUCCGCAAGGGAGAACAAAGCGACUGUUGGCGGAGGGGCGGAAACGUCGACACCGUUGCCCCCUCCUCCUGCCCCUCCUUCCCCUCCUCCGCCUGUAACACCCGCUUCCGGCACCGAUGGCAUCGUCGGCAGCAGUAUCAAAGGCAACACCGGUAGUAGCUCCGUCGACAGCGGCGGAGUGCCAGACAUGGACCCCCGGACUGCAGACCCCAGCCAUCACACCUCGGUGGCCGUGUCGGCACUCCCCUCGUCCUCGGCAACCCCGGCCGCCGCAUCCGAGCCCCCGGGGGAGCUGCCGUUGUGCAUACCCCGUGACGUGUUCAUGGACGUAUUCCAGGAGUGCUGGAAUACAGUACGGCAGGAGCGCGGCGGCGGAGCUGCGGCAGUGCCGUACUUCGCCGCCGCUGGGCAUGCCGUGGCGCCGCUGCCGGGUAGUGGGGUCGCGGGGCAGCAGCAGGAGCGGGCGCUUGGGGUUGGGGGUACUUCCGGUCCGGCGGCGGCGAGGCGGCGGCGACGCUGUCCUUCAAUCUCUGCAGCCAUGGGUAUGGCAUCCGACAGCCCCAUGCGCAGACGCUUCAGGCCGCGGAAUUGGCCCAGAUCCACAUCUGGCACCGCAGCCGCCCCGACGUGGAGAGAAGCCCUAGGUAUUACGGCGGCCGGUGCAGCGGCACCGGCGGCUGGCGCCGGCGGCACAGCGGAGGUGGUGGCGGCGACGGCGGGAUCGUCAUUCCCUGAUACGGGUAGUGCAUCGGUGGACGUCGCUAUGGAGGAGCGGGGGCGGCAGCGGCAGCAGGGCGGCGGCACCGCCGCGGCGGCUGAGACCGCCGUGGCUUCGGCGGCCUCGGGUCCGUUGGCGGAGGGUGGUGAGAGCGAGGAUUGGAUGGACUGGUCGGCGGAUGCGUUGGAGGUGUUGCACAUGGCAGCGGAGGCGGCGCUGGCGGAGGCUCUGCGGGAGUACGGCAGCGGAGGCGGAGGCGGCGGGGUUUGA